AUGGUAAGCCUUCUCCGAAACGCCUUCCUAUUCGGCAUGAUUCUAAUGUUUAAAAACCGUCUUCGUCUCCUGCGCAAGCAGGUUGAGGAGCUCGAGGAGGAGCUCCUCUCCUGCCCUGUCCCGCAGAACGGACCCACCAGCAGAACAGCCCUCUCUCAGAGAACAAUCUCAACUGCAGAGGGACCCUCUCCCACAGAGGGCCCUCUCCAGCAGAACGACCCUCUCUCACAGAACGACCUCACUUGCAGAGGGGAGGGCCCUCUCCAGCAGAACAACCCUCUCUCACAGAACGGCCUCACUUGCAGAGGGGAAGGCCCUCUCCAGCAGAACGACGCUCUCCCACAGAGGGACGCUCUCCCACAGAGGGUCCCUCACCUGCAGAGGGCCCUCCUCAGCAGAACAACCCUCUCCAACAGAACGGCCCCAUCCAGCAGAUCGGCCCCCUCAGAGGGUCCCUCUCCCACAGAGGUCCCUCUCCCACAGAGGGCCCUCUCCCACAGAGGGCCCUCUCCAGCAGAACAGCCCUCUCUCACAGAACAACCUCAACUGAAGAGGGUCCCUCUCCCACAGAGGGCCCUCCUCAGCAGAACAGCUCCCUCAGAGGGUCCCUCACCUGCAGAUGGCCCUCCUCAGCAGAACGGUCCCCUCAGAGGGUCCCUCUCCCACAGAGGGCCCUCUCCAGCAGAACAGCCCUCUCUCACAGAAGAACCUCAACUGAAGAGGGUCCCUCUCCCGCAGAGGGUCCCUCUCCCACAGAGGGCCCUCUCCAGCAGAACAGCCCCAUCCAGCAGAUCGGCCCCCUCAGAGGGUCCCUCACCUGCAGAGGGCCCUCUCCAGCAGAACAACCCUCUGUCACAGAACAACCUUACCUGUAGAGGGGAGGGCCCUCUCCAGCAGAGCGACCCUCUCCCACAGAGGGCCCUGUCCAGCAGAACGGCUCCUUCCAGCAGAACAACCUCACCUGCAGAGGGACCCUCUUCUGCAGAGGGCCCCCUCCCACAGAAUAGUCUUCGGAAGAAGAACCGCCCCCCCCGCGAACCCCGCCUGAGGGUGUCGAGGGGAGACCCUCGCAUCGCUCCCCCCCCGGCCCCCGAGGCCAUGGAUGUUGAUGAUGACCUGAUCCAAUACUCGGAUGAUGAGUAG